AUGGAAGCAAACUUAGCUUUCUUGUGUAUUCUUGUUUCAUUGUUUACUUUGUGUCAUUCAGAAGAUGUGAAUCUUAAUGUGAAAGUAAUAACAUCGAUAGCCAAUACAGAUGAAAAUUUUAUAUGUGCAACUUUGGAUUGGUGGCCUUCUGAUAAGUGUGAUUAUGGUCAAUGUCCUUGGGGACAAGCAGGCAUUCUUAAUUUGGAUUUGAAUAACAAGAUCUUGAUUAAUGCUAUGAAGGCAUUUAACUCUCUGAGAAUCAGAUUAGGAGGAUCAUUAGAAGAUCAAGUGGUGUACAGAUUUAGACACCCAAAAAGUUGCCCAGGAUUCACAAAGAAUCAAGAUGGCUUGUUUGGUUUUAGCUCUGGAUGCCUUAACAAUACCAGAUGGGACCAAAUCAAUGACCUGUUCAAUAAAACUGGAGUCAAACUCACAUUUGGGUUGAAUGCUCUCCACGGAAAGAGCAGAUCUAAGGAGGAUAAGGUUCUUUGGGUAGGUGAUUGGAACCCACAUAAUGCUGCUACCCUCAUGGCUUACACUGCUUCAAAAGGAUACAAAAUUGAUUCAUAUGAAUUAGGAAAUGAGUUAUGCGGUGAUGGCAUUGGUGCAAGAAUAGAAAGCGUGCAAUAUGCAAAAGAUAUCACUGAACUUAGAAAAUUAGUGAAUAUGUUUCAUCCAGAUCCCACAACAAGACCCCAAGUGCUUGCCCCUGGAGGUUUCUUCAAGAAGGAAUGGUUUGAUAGCUUCUUACAGAAUACUGCAUCUGGUGUUGUUGAUGGAGUCACCCACCAUAUUUACAACCUUGGUGCUGGUGUCGAUAAGAAUUUGAUUAACAAGGUGCAAGACCCAUUUUUCUUGAGCCAAGUGACUCAAACAUUUAAGGAUGUAUCGACAAGUGUAAAAGAUUAUGCACCAUGGGCUCAACCAUGGGUUGGAGAAUCUGGGGGAGCCUACAAUAGUGGAGGCAAAAAUGUGUCACAUACCUUUGCUAAUGGCUUCUGGUAUUUGGAUCAAUUGGGCAUGACAUCAACCUUCAACCACAAGGUUUAUUGUAGGCAGACACUUAUUGGAGGAAACUAUGGUUUGCUCAACACGACAUCAUUCAUCCCUAACCCUGAUUAUUAUGGAGCUCUACUAUGGCAUCGACUUAUGGGGACUAAAGUACUCUCUGUAAACCAUGAAGGCUCACCAUAUCUACGUGCAUAUGCUCAUUGUUCAAAGAAUAAGGCUGGUGUGAGUGUUCUACUGAUAAACAUGUCGAAUUCUACUUCCUUCAAUGUGACUGUUAAUAUUGACAUGAAUCUAUAUCCAAACCAACAAGUUUUUAACUCAGAGAAGAGGGAGGAGUACCAUUUGACUCCUAAAGAUGGAAACAUUCAAAAUGAUGUUGUUUUGCUAAAUGGACAAGUUUUAAGCUUGACUGAAUCUAAGGACAUUCCUUCCAUAGAGCCUGUGCUUGUGGAUCCUUCUUCUCCAAUCAAUGUGGCUGCUCAUUCCAUUGUCUUUGCUCGUUUCAACAACCUUAAUGCACCUGUUUGUGCAUAG